CUCCUCUGCCCGGCGCCCGCCGAGAUACGGGGCCGUCAUGGUCAUCACCGCUACCCACGACCACAUCAAGCAAGACUUGCUCGUGAAGUUCGGCACGUCGCAGCUCGACUGGCGAAACCGUCCGCCGUGGAACCCGACAGUGUGGCUCGCGACCCAACAGCAGAAACGCGCGCUGAUGAGCCAGGCCGUCGUCAAGGACGUUCGGAGCGCCGUGCAGGCGUCAUGCACGAACCAGGACUACUACAAUGGCAACCCCGAGGACUGGGACUGGGACAGCCGCAACGGCAGCUCGGUGAUCGGACUGCUCUGGGCCGUCGGCAAGGACGGCGUCCCCCAGCACGUCCUUGUAUGGCAGAAACGCCUCCACUACCUCUACCAGCUCCACAUGAAAUACAUGAGCUCUUUCGCCCUCCGCACGGCGCGGUACGCCUUCCUCGGUAAGGGGCUCGACGUCUACGGCGACUACGCCGUCUGCGUCGCGGACGCGCCCUACGAGUCCUGCUGCGAGGCCGGCGGCUACACCGCCAUGGUGCUCGCGCUCGGGCCCGAGCGGAUGUCCUUCGCGGUCCAGAUGCCGAUCGGCAUCGCGAUCAUGACCGCGGACGUGCGACAGGCGCUCGUCCACGUCGCUCGCCACCUGACCGGCGGCGACAAGGAGCGCGUCGAGCGUUGCCUGAACGCCAAAGAUGGCGCGCUCCUCGACGUGCCCGUGCCGAACGACGAGGUCCGCGAGGCGCACAAGCGCGCGACCAAGGACGCCCUGGACCGCUGCUCCGGCGAGAAGCGGAAGAACUGGGAGGCCCAAUUGUUCGGUGCCUCGCGGGAGGGGUGGUCGCAGAAGAAGAAGGACGCGGCGGACGGCCUUGGCGGCUUCGCCGGCCUCGACCAGACGGAGGCGCAGGAGUACGGCCGCGAGAUACCGCGGCGGGGCCACCAGGCCGCCAACGUCCUCAUCGAGCACGUGAAAUCCGGCGGCACGCGGACCUACGACAAGGACGGCUGCACAUACAAAAUACACGGACGGCACCCCUUCAUCAUCGCCGACGGCGCGCCCCAGAAGGACGGCCUCUACACGGGCAAGGUGGGAACGCGCAAGAACGACUUCCGCGUCAACAUCGAAUGCGACGGCAUCAUCACUCCUACCAUCUGCUACUACGUCGCCGAGGACCUCGGCCUGCUCCAGCCUACCUUCAAGCUCAAGCGCAAGAUCCGCGACAUGACCGUCGACAAAUUGAAGCGCGAGUGCAAGACGUUGAAGAUCGACAUCGACGGCAUGAAGAAGGACGCUCUCCGGCAGCUCCUCUACGACGGCAUGCGCGAUCCCUGGUCCCACAAUGGCAGCAAGUAUUUCGACGGCGCGGUGUGCCCCCAACUCCGCAAAUGCAAGCAGCGCAAGCAGCGCUCCGACGCCGGCGUCCCUCGAGGCGGCGGCCGCAGCAAGCACGAGUCGUCGAGCGACGAGUCGUCGUCGAGCGACGAGUCGUCGUCGAGCGACGAGUCGUCGAGCGACGAGAGCGUCGAGUACGACGAGCGCAAGGUCGCGCGCAUGAACUCGCGGCUCAAGGGCGUCGAGUUCGCGGACGACACGGGCGACAUGUGGACGGUCUUUCUCGUGAGCUUCGACGCGGAGCACGAGAAGAUGGUCUGCUUCUACUACGACGCGGCGCUCUGCGACUCGGACGACGUCACGGUCGAGGACUGCGAGUACAGCGGCGCCGACGAGUUUGCCCGAGCCAAGCGUUUGCUCGGCCGCUCGUGCACGAUGGACGUCGACGCCAAGGAUGCGGCGCCGGCGAUGAGCGGCCCGCUGGUCGCGCUGACGGUCUUCGCCGUGCUCGGCGGGUUCCUCUUCGGCUACGACACGGGCGUCGUCUCCGGCGCCGAGGUGUUCAUCAAGGAGGACCUCAACCUCAGCGACGGCCAGGUCGAGGUCGUCGUGAGCAUCACCGUGCUCUUCGCGGCGCUGGGGUCCCUCGUUUCCGGCCCGCCGAUGCAGAAACGCGGGCGCAAGCCCGUCAUCAUGGUCGCGGCGUGCUUCUACGCCGGGGGCUCGGCGACGAUCGCGGCCGCGCCGGGCUUCGGCGUCCUCGUGCUGGGCCGCGUGCUGCUGGGCCUCGGCGUGGGCCUGUCGUCCAUGGCGAUCCCCGUCUACGUCGCCGAGGCCGCGCCGCCGGAGAUCCGCGGCCGCCUCGUGAGCUUCUACAACCUGUUCAUCGUGCUGGGGCAGGCCGCGGCGUGCGGCGUCAACGUCUGGGCCGCCGCGGCGCUCGGCGUGUCCGCGCGGUGGCGCGCGUCCAUGGGCGCCGCCGCCGCGCCCGCGCUGCUGCAGCUCGCGGGGUUCUGCUUCCUGCCGGAGAGCCCGCGCUGGCUCGCGCAGCGCGGCGACGUCGCCGGCGCGCGGGCCGUGCUGCGGCGGCUCCGGGGCGCGUCCGCGAGCGACGCGCGCGUCGACGCGGACCUGGGCAGCGUCAACGCCAUGGCGCCCGAGGACAUCGGCGACGUGCGGUCGACGCUCGAAGAGAUCCGCGCGUCGCCGCACCUCCGGCGCAUCUUCGGCGUCGGCCUGGGGCUCAUGGCGCUGCAGCAGUUCUCGGGCGUCAACACGAUCAUGUACUACGGCGCGUCCAUCAUGAUCAUGUGCGGCUUCGAAGAAACCCAAUCCGUCCAGCUCGCCGCGGCCCUCGCCGUCGCCCAGGGCCUCGGCAUUCUGUGCUCCCUGCCGCUCUGGGAGCGGCUCGGCCGGCGGCGGCUGCUCGUGCCGUCGACCCUCGCGUCCGCGACGUGCCUGCUCGUCGUCGCCGCGGCCUUCGCGCGGGGCAUCUCGGCGCCGGCGAACCACUUCGCGGCCCUCGGCGGCGUCUUCUGCUACCUCCUGGCCUUUGGGCUGGGCCUGAGCAGCGGGCCCUGGGUCGUGAACAGCGAGAUCUACCCGACGCGCGUCCGCGGCGUCGGCAACUCCGCGGCGUGCUUCGUCAACUGGGCGGCGAACUACGUCGUGUCCGCGACGUUCCUCUCGGCCUGCCGCGCCUUCGGCAACGCCGCGACCUUCGCGGGCCUCGCCUUCGUCGGCUACGCCGGGGCUUUGUGGAUCCACCGGAGCCUCCCGGAGACGAACGGCCUCACGCUCGAGGACAUCGAGGACCUGUUCCGCCGGCGCUGCGCGGAGUCGAGCGGCGGCCGCACGCGCGUCCCCACGGACGAGCCCCCCGACGACCGGCCGCUCGACGACCGGCCGCUCGCCUAAUCUUUCGACGG